AUGCUAUAUGUCAUUGACGACGAUGACGAGGAUUGUCCCAAGGAACCAAUGAGCGGGGAUGUUGACGAGGGUUUCAACGUCGACAUCGAAGGAGUUGCUAAUGAUGCUGAUACCGAAAUUGACGACAAGUUUUUCAAUACAGUCGUUGGCAAGGUUGUCGACAAGACCGCCGGCAGCGAUGUUGAUAGAGAGGUAGUUUGA